AUGGACAAGCUGCAGCAAUUUCUCCCUUCGGCAGAGAAGGGCUACUUGCCCUACUAUUUGUUCGUGGUCUCGCUCGUGUCUGUGGGCAACUCCCUUCAGAACUACGCGACUCUGCACUACACGCGCCGCCUCUACAACGGCCGUUUUGUCACCAACCACUCGCUUCCGCCCGCCUCCGACCGCUUCAACCCUGAGGAUAGCAUCGCGAAAGUCAAGCCAGCCUCGUCGACUGGCAAGGACUCAGAAAAGGCCAAGGACCAGGUGUCGCCGCUCGCGGCUCGCCUGUUCGGCAUCUACACGUUCGUGGCGGGCAUCAUUCGCUUCUACGCCAGCUACCAGAUCGAGAACCCGGCCAUGUACCAGCUGGCGCUCUGGACCCACGUCAUCGCUGCCCUCCACUUCACGAGUGAGAUGUUCGUGUACAAGACCAUGAGGUUCAGCGGGCCGCAGGCUUUCCCCUUCUUGGCGGCAUAUGGCGGCGCCACCUGGUUGAUUUUGCAGUACAACCACUACGUGCGGUAG